ACAACCUGUAACCUUGAAUGACACCAAGGUAGUGGUGUGUUGAAUUCAUUCGAUGCAAAGCUCGUGGUAUGACCGGCUGCAAGACAAGUUGCAUAACAUCCUAAGCACUGUACUUUAUACACUGCCCCGCGUCUUUACAGGGGUUAAGGAUAAUUUCAACUGUAAAUAUAUCACAUAAAGGUCUAGAGAAUGUCGCAUCACUGUGAAAAUAACGCAAACCAGCAGGCUAACCAAAACGGGCCUUUGGAUGUAUAUCGCAAACAAGCCACUUUUGACGUGAGAGAAAUGCGUUAUUUUGUCGAUGGUGGUCAAGAUAUAACUGAAUUCAAGGAGAAUAUAUGGAAAAGAAUGGAGAAAGAUCCGCUUUUUAGUCAUGAGAAAACUAAAGGCGCGAGCUUCGAUGGCAAGCGAAGGCUGGCUUUCCGUCGAGUACGAAGGGUGUACGAAGGAAAUUUCCUCUCUGAAGACGAAUUUGUGGCGAGUCCUUUAAAAAAUCAGGCGCUCACAGACACUCUGGGGAGCUACGAUUGGGCAAUAGCAGCCAAAAACUCUUUGAAUGCCAUUAUGUUUGCUCGUCUGUGCAAAACUCUCAGCACUCAUCCUCACAUCCAGGAAUUAGGGGAGAAAGCUGAAAGAUUUGAGGCCUUUGGGUGUUUUGCAUUGACUGAACUGAGCCACGGUAGCAACACGAGAGCUAUGCAGACCACUGCAACAUAUGAUCCAAAACAUAAGGAGUUUGUCAUAAACACACCACAUUUUGAGGCGACCAAAGUAUGGGUGGGUAACCUUGGACGGACGGCCACUCAUGCGGUAGUGUACGCGCAGCUUUACACCCCUGAUGGUGUCUGCCAUGGACUGCACUCAUUUGUGGUUCCUGUAAGAAGCACUAAGGACCUCCGCACCCUGCCUGGCAUUACUGUGGGAGACAUCGGGGAGAAGUUGGGGCAGAAUGGAUUAGAUAAUGGGUUUGCAGCCUUUGAUCAUGUGCGCAUCCCAAGAGAGAACCUUCUGAACAAGGGAGGAGAUGUCACGCCAGAUGGAAAAUAUGUCACACCGUACAAAGACCCCAAAAAGAGGUUUGGUGCUGCUCUUGGGGCGCUUUCAGGAGGGCGUGUUGGGAUAACAUCCAUGGCAACCACUAACAUGAGGUCUGCCCUGCCUAUAGCUAUAAGAUACUCAGCUGUUAGAAAACAGUUUGGCCCACCAGGAAAAGAUGAAAUUCCAGUUUUGGAGUAUCAGAUGCAGCAAUGGAGACUGAUCCCUCUGCUUGCAGCCACCUAUGCCCUCUCUUACUUCUCGAGGACUUUCUUUCUUAACUUUGUGGAGCUGCAAAUUGGAAUUAUGAUGGGCGAGAACAAUGAUAGACAGGAGGAGUUAGGGAGAGAGAUCCAUGCCUUGUCAUCAGCCAGCAAGCCAUUGGCUGGAUUCACAGCAAGAGAUGCUAUCCAGGAGUGUCGGGAAGCCUGUGGAGGCCAUGGUUACCUUGCAGUGAACAGACUUGGGGUGCUAAGAGAUGACAAUGAUCCAAACCUGACAUAUGAAGGAGACAACAACAUGAUUCUUGGGCAGACAAGCAAUUAUCUGAUGGCUUUACUUGACUCCAAACACAAAGGGGCAACCAUCUCCUCGCCAUUAGGAAGUGUGGAUUUUCUGGAUAGUGCAGAGGAGAUUUUGCAGCGGAGGUUUUCUGCACAAACUGAACAAGAAUGUGUGGACCAUGAAGUGCUUCUUCAGACCUUUCAAUGGCUUGUUUGUUACUUAUGGAAAGAAAGCGGCUCUAAGUUGAAAGAUCAACUUGCAAUGGGGAAGGAUUCCUUCACGGCACGCAAUGACAGUCAAGUGUACCACUGCCGUGAACUCGCCUUGGCUUACAUACAGUGUGAAGUGUUCCGCCGCUUCAAAAACGCAUUGAUAAGUGAUGACGAAAUCCUUGAGAACCUGAAACCUGUCCUUCGCAAACUGUGUUCUUUGUAUGGAGUGUGGACGCUGGAGAAACAGAUGGGAACCCUUUACCAAGGACGCUAUUUUACUUCAACGAACGAUGCGAGGAUUUUAAGAAGAGCUGUGCUCACAUUGUGCUUUGAGUUGAAAGAUCAAGCUGUUAUACUUUCUGACGCGAUUGCUCCACCCGAUUUUAUCCUGGACUCCCCUAUUGGACUCAGCAAUGGAGAGGCUCACAAGAACCUCUACGAUGCAAUCAUGUCGGACCCACAAGCCACCAAGCGCGUAUCAUGGUGGAAAGAGGCCCGCAAGCCACCCGUACUUAGCAAGCUUUGACCUGUACCCUGUGUAUUAGCUACACUUCUUAACCGGUAAUCCUGAGGUGUUUUGGCCGUGACAGUCUGGGUAUCAUGGUUGAAAGAGCCACCUUCACUCAACAAGCUUCCAAGUAUUAGUAAUACGUCUUAACCGGUAAUCCUGAGGUUAUACCCAGCCUGUGGUUGCUGGGUCUCGUGGUCGUCCUGUGUAAA